CGAGAUUUCCCGCGAUGAAUCCCGCAGCGGCAGUUGCGUGGUGUAGCCGGCGUGCUUGCUAAACAACACAUGAGUUUGCCAACUUCAAUGUAAAGUAAUUCUAACUUCAUUCGGUAACUUUGGUUGUGUAAAGGAGUCACAAUGAGUAUACUGGCGAAAAUAGCGGAGAUCGAAAAUGAGAUGGCCAGGACGCAGAGGAACAAGGCCACAGCUCACCACUUGGGUCUGCUCAAAGCCCGUCUUGCAAAACUGAGGAGGGAACUCAUCACACCAAAAGGAGGCAGCGGUGGAGCAGCUGGAGAAGGUUUUGAUGUUGCAAAAACAGGCGAUGCUCGCAUCGGCUUUGUUGGUUUUCCUUCUGUCGGAAAGUCUACACUGCUAAGUAACCUUGCAGGUGUGUACUCUGAGGUGGCAGCCUACGAGUUCACUACCCUCACAACAGUUCCUGGAGUCAUUCGCUACAAAGGUGCAAAAAUCCAGCUUCUGGAUCUCCCAGGAAUCAUUGAAGGGGCCAAGGAUGGCAAGGGUAGAGGAAGACAGGUCAUCGCAGUGGCUCGAACUUGCAACUUAAUCCUGAUAGUGCUCGAUGUAUUGAAGCCUCUUGGUCAUAAGAAGCUGAUAGAACACGAGUUGGAGGGCUUUGGCAUCCGACUUAACAAGCAACCACCCAACAUUGGCUUCAAGAGGAAGGACAAAGGAGGCAUCAACUUCACAGCUACAUGUGCACAAAGUGAGCUGGAUGGCGAUACAGUUAAGAGUAUCUUAGCAGAGUACAAGAUCCACAACGCCGACAUCACUCUGCGCAGCGACUCCACGGCUGAUGACCUCAUUGAUGUGGUGGAGGGAAAUCGAGUCUACAUCCCUUGCAUUUAUGUGCUCAACAAAAUCGAUCAGAUCUCCAUCGAAGAGCUGGACAUCAUCUACAAGGUGCCUCACUGUGUACCCAUCUCCGCCCACCAUCGUUGGAACUUUGACGACCUGCUGGAAAGGAUGUGGGACUACCUGCAGCUUGUGCGCAUCUAUACCAAACCCAAAGGCCAGCUUCCUGAUUACACUUCUCCAGUUGUACUCCCUGACGAGCAUACUUCUGUCGAGGAUUUCUGCUUAAAGAUCCACAAAAACCUCCUCAAAGAAUUGAAGUAUGCACUCGUGUGGGGAUCAUCCGUGAAACACACCCCUCAGAAGGUGGGGAAGGACCAUGUGUUGGAGGAUGAAGAUGUUAUCCAGUUGGUGAAAAAAUAAAAAGAAGUCUUGGUGCAGUGCAUGGCUCGUGUAUCACAAAAUGUUCUGUAGAGUUGCUCAGUAAUCACCCAACAUAUCUGUUAGAGCAUCUUGAAUUGAAAAACAAAAUGAGAUUAAUGUAAGUGUCAAAAUGAAAGAACCUAACAUUCUUAACACCAUGAAUAGUUCAUAUUGAAUAUUUGUUAAGGCUUGCAUUAAAAUCUUAAAAAAUCUGUACAAUAAAGAAAUGGGAAUAUUGUUGCA